CUAUGCGCUGGAUACAGCAGACAGUAUGGCGGACAGCGAAAGUGAUUUGGAUACAGACGGGCUUGAAAUAGCUCUGGACACUUUGUGUGAGAGACACUGCAGCGACGAGUCGUCUCUAAAGAGCAAAGGCUAUUGCUCUGGGUUUUGUGAGUUGGUUGAGGAGUACACAGGACAAUGGCAAGUUCCUCUCCCUCAGCUGAAGGUGCUGCGGACUGCACUCUGCAGUUUCACCAAAGCCACUGCUGCCUUCCCUGAUGACUGUCAACACAUCCACUAUGUUCUCAGCAGUAUGGCCUUGAGCUUUUUUGAACUGAUGCUGUUUUUCAGCAAAGAAGAAUUUGUGGAAGAGCCUUUAAAGGACAUUCUGGAUUCCUUUCAGGAGUGCCACUCUCAGCUCCUGAGGCACAGGAACAUGUACCUUCAGCAUGUGAAGCUGAUCAUCAAAGCAGGAGGCCCCUGGGAAAAUCCAGUGCUGCAAGGAAUCUUGAAGGAGGCAGACUUGUCACCAAAAGAGGUUGAGGACUACUUGAGCUCAGAGUUGCCGGUAUUCUUUGAGCUGCGGAUUCGCUAUCUGCAGGCCUGUGAACGAAUGCAAGAGGCCAUGGCGCUGGCUAAAAGCUGCCUGGAAAAUCGCGAGGCUGGAAAACACUUGUACUUCCAUCAGGCCUACCUGACCUGCCUCCACAAGGCCUCAUUGCAUGAACACCUUUACAAGGAGAUGGCAGAGAUAGACGGCCGUGACGCAGUGGAGAUCAUCUGCAACACAGAGAGUGUUGAAAAAGAUGAGCUUCUGUUGUCGCUGUGUAAAGCUUUCCUUACCCAGCAGCUACACAAUGGAGACAUGUACUACAUCUGGGACCUGGUGUUCAUUUGGAGCAGGUUGUAUCUAAGGGCCCAUCCCUCCAGACAUGGCUUCCUGGCUGAGUGCUUGCAGUUGGCUUCUUCUGCUACUAACGUCAGAGCCAUCUUCCCCUUCAUCAAACUGGUCAAAACAGAGCUCGGGGUUGAAGGAGUCCAGGUCUGUGUGGAGCUUUGUGCUCGGGCCUUGCAGCUGGGUGACAUGCAGGACGACAGUGUUGCCCAGUCCCUUGUCUGCAAGACCAUUGCCUUCCUGCUACCUCAUGACUUGGAGAUCUGUCGAGCUUGUGCCCUGCUGGUCUUCUGCCAGGAGCGCAGUCUGGAAGCCUACCGAACUGUCUGCCUGCUUUACACACAUCCUGACCAGGAGCCGCAUCCCCACAAUAGCCCUGUCCGGACCAGCGUUCGCUUCCAUAUUCUGCAGAUGCUCAAGCAGCGCCUGUGUUUUGACCCAGAGUUUUGGAACCUCCUGACUCUCAGGGAGCAUUGCUUGGAGUUGAUGAGUGACAAGGUCAUGAAGGCCGCUGUUCUCAGCGAGAUGGAGGAGGAGGAGGAAGAGCUGCUAAUAAACAAGUGUGUAAAUGACUCAUGCAAUCAAGGUUUUGAUUCCUGCCAGUGCACUGGAGCUGCAUUUGUGAACCUUCCAGAGGAGCAUACUUUGGGUGGAGAGACAGAAAAGUGUGUUGCCCCAUCUAAUGACGCUCUUCUGACGAGGAGAAAAUGGAGGAAAAGCCUACGAAGAAGAAACAAAUUGUCUGACGAGGCUGACCUUGGUGAUGAUCCAGAGUUCAAAUACAAUCUCAAAUCCACCUCUUCAGGCAAAACGCCUGUGUAUUCACUAAGACGUAAUCACACUAACAUGGAAAAUUCUGCUUCUGUUAAACCCUCUCUAAAACGCAAUAGAGAGUACUUGUCUAGAUGUGUGAAGAGCCAAAUUUUGAAAAGGAAGGGUAAGAAGAAAAGAUGGUUGCAGGGUCUUCCAAGGCUGGAGCCGAUGCAGACAGAUAAAGAGAAGAAGGUCAAAGUUAAAGGGAAAAAACGAGGACGGAAGCCUUCACAGAAACUGGAACUCUCCUACCCUGAUAAUGAAAUAUCCCUGACAGAGGAGGAGUCUGGUUUUGAAGAGAUAACUGACGCAGAAGACAAAGAGCUGGAUAUGCCUCACCUAGAGAAUGAACUUGAACUAAACAGAGAAUAUCAAGAGAAUGAACUCGAGCAGAUGGAUGAGCUUGAAAAAGAAAAUGGACUCGAGACACAUCCUGACUUGGUCUGUGAUAGCAGUCUUAAUGAACAAACCCAAGAGGAAUCUAAAACACAGUUUUCUGAGCCUCAAGCUGCUGUUGAAGCUGAUCCUGAGCUUGAUGGCCCACCCUUGGAUUUAUUGGAUUGUCCAACAUCGUUACACAGCUACUCCAAAAGGCUUGAUGGUGAGAAACUGCAACCUCCAGAAUCUUCUGCACCAGAUGAGGUUAAUGGCGACGCAGAACAGGAACCCCAACCAGUCAACACAGUGGAAACAGAAGUGUCAAACACUGAGGUGAAAGGCAAGAGAACGUGGAAGGACAGAGUACUCCGAACUCAAAAAUAUGCCCACUUGAUGUACCACUGCAACUUCUGCCGCAAAGACUAUAAGGGUCUGAAUGUCAUGAGGCAUGCUCUGUCACACCUAAAGAGUAGGAAACUGAGAUGUAUACUCUGUGGAAAACGCUUUAAACAGCUCCCUUUUGCCAAAAAGCAUGUUUUGGAUCACAUCGAUGAAAUGUGCAAGGAGAAACCCUCUGAUAAGGAGCCAUGCACUGAGGACACUGCAGCUGCAAAUGGAAUAGUAGAUAAUGUGGAAAAUCAGAGUCAGCCUCAGGUUGAAAAUCAGACUUCCAUUCCCAGCGAGGAACCUCUUAAACAGAAACCCACAGGCAAAACUAAAGUGUCAAGCCUCAAGAGGGAAGAUCGAAUCAUCAGGAACCUUCGCACCCUCAUCAAAAAGACAUCUGUGCUUCACAAAAAGUGCAAGAACCCUAAUUCAAAUAUAUUCAAGCAGGUGGACUUCAAGGAUGAGCAGGUAGUCAUUUCAGACGGCCAGGUUAUCGUAAGAGAUCCAUCUGUGAUCAAGAGGGAGGGUGAAGGAGAGGUGGAGGAGAAGCCAGCAGGAGAAAAUGGCUAUGGCAUGGAUAUCGCAUAUCACUUGUGUCCCUCAGAGUCUUGUGACAGAGUUUUCUUGAGGAUCAGCACCACACUAACAAAGCAUGCAAUCAAAUGCCAUAUAAGUGAAGAGAGUGUGCUGGAGAAGACCUUUGUGUGGGCCAAACACAAAUGCACCCUAUGCCUCAGGCAGAUACAGUUCCUCCAGCAUUAUAAGGACCACAUGAAGCGCCACAAUACUACUCUGCAGCACUUCUGCUACCACGUGGAGUGUGACCAGCGCUUCUCGACACAGCAGGAACUAAAGGACCACGUCAGUACCCACCAGCCCUUUAGACCUCAGUGUCCAUUCACAGAGUGUGAUAAGCUCUUCUCAACCCUUCAAGGUCUGUAUGACCAUGAAUGGAGACACUACAUCCCAGCGCCUCAAAGAGAGGAGCUAGAGUCGGGACUCAGCAGACAGAAGAUGCAAAGUGAUGAAGCUCCAUGGAAGCAGAGAGUGAAGGUUGAGGAGAUAUGGCUGCAAAAUAAAAAGUUGCAGAGUGGGAGUCCCGCCCUUGAUCAUGUUGAGGCCUCUAAUCUUGAGGAGUUUAGAGAAAUGAUCAAUACUGAAGAUCAGCCAUGUGAAGUGAACGCCCCAGACACUAAUCAACACCUGUCUAAACCAGUUAACACUGUCAGUCAUGAGCCUACGAACGACAGCAAAGCCACCAUUAAUGGACAUGAGGAUGAGACAAGAAACCAACUGUCAGAGAGAAAAAUCUCCACUUCCCAAACUCAUGCUGCAAAACCAAGUAAGAGCUGUCGAAAAAGGAAGCCCGUCGAGUGGGACCCCCUUAAUGUCCGAGACCUUGAGGAUUUGUCCACUUUGUCUGAGGGAGUCCAGCAGAAACUGGGAGAGCCACACAUCACCGAGCACAAAACCUUCAAACCUGAAGAUCCAGCCUACGCAACUUUCGUCAAAGCCCCCUUCAUCCGGCCACCACCCUCCACCUACCUGGACGAAUCUCGCCUCUCGAUGCAUAAAAGGAGGACCACUGAUGAGGCUGCUCCUCCAAAGAAAAAUGCUUACUGGAGCAACAAGAAAAAGAAUGAGCCAUCACCAGAAAAGCAGCAGGUGGACAAUGCGGCUUCUGCACAGAAGAUCAGGCAUCGCUGUGACAAAUGUCUUUCCUCCUUCAGCAGCCUAGAAGAAUUAGAGAAACACCAAGCCCUGAACACCUGCUCUGCACUCUUUGGCUUCGAUUCUGACGAUGAAAGUUAGUGACAAGCAGCUGUGACUGGGGUGACCACUGUACUCUGCCACCUGGCUCAGGGCAACCAUUCAAGAUAAAGGAACACUGGAAAUCUUCCCUGUUACUCAGAUACAGUACUUAUUUAACUCCUGAAUACCAAUUUUUAAACACUGAGGAAAUGUGUGCCAUAAUGGUGAAUUGGAUUUUUUUUUUUUUUUUUUAAUAAUAGAGCCUUUUCGAAGCAAUAAUUUUGACAGCUAAAACUAGUUUGAACACAUUGUUUUUCCUCAAAACAUCAUCCACGUGUGCUUUGUCAAGUAGGUCAAACAAACAUAAAUGUGAUAAAUAUGUAUUCUCUCUCUCUUAUCUAUGAUAAGUUGAUAAUUACUUGCCUUUUCAAACAUUGGUUAUAAAAACUAAUAUUUUUUAAGCAAAUCUUAAAGUAAUGCUGAAAAAUGCCUGGGAACUGACAAACCAAAUAUUGCCCAAGACAACCUCCUUAGAACACACACAAUAGUCGUCCAUGCACAAAUUCUCAGUUACGCCUUAAAAUAACUGGUAAUCACAGUAUUCACAGAAUGGCAGAAUUUUAAUGACAACCAUUUGACAACCAAGUGUACAUGUACAUUUGGGUCAUAUACUCAACAGUAUAUCUUUUAACAGUGAGGUAAAGAGAGCCCCAAUUAACUUAAUUUUUAAUCACUUUUUUAAAAUUGACAGUUAAUUUGAAUGUAAUCAGUAUUUCUUUCGGCUUCACGAAGCCUUUUUGGAUCAAGUGGAUAUAAGUCAUUUUACAUCUGUUGUAAGCCCAUGAUUUUUUUUACAAAGAUUAUAGACACGUUAUCCAACUAUGAACGAUAAUUUAUUUAACCAUCUAAUAAUCUAUAUGAGAAAAAAUGGCUUGGCAUCAAGAUUUGCUCACAGACUUGCUCACAGGGGGUGUCCCAUCAUACUCAGUGGGACUUCAUGUAUGUCAUGACUUCAUGUUUCCCACCUUCAAAUGAUGCCAAUCAUGGCUUCAGAUUAUGAUUUUAAAGUCCUAUCCCCAUUUUGUCCUCAGAGUAUGAAUUUACAUGCAGUAUAUCAUAAGCAGUGUUUGCAACUGUAUGAAAUAUUGUUAAAAAAAAAGUCAUGUUAAUUGGUGGAAAGAUGAGCCCAAUGCUGUUCAGCAUGAUUGUUAAUUAUUCUAGUCUUCCAAAUGAAUCGCACACCUCUCUAAGCUUUGGUCUCUAUAGAGCUGAUGUAUAAAAAGCCUCAAUAGAAACAACAACGGAUAUGUGGUGGUUGUGUCCCCCUUCAGAUCUCUAUCUCUAAAUAAAUCCUCCGAACCCUUGUCACAUACAGCACAUUUUCAAACUGUAGGAGGAGGUGUUUCCAGCAUAAUUUGUGUGGGCAGCUGUUUUUGUCACUAAGCAGGAUUGGGUUUGCCUUCGUUAACUGGUCUUCUGGUCAUGGUAUGACAAGAAUCACUUGUCCAUUAAAGCCGUGACCAAACUAUCUGAAUCCAUGUACAUCUGCCUUCAUACUGUCACACUACUAUUCUGUACAGUAUACAGAUUAUUCACAAUUAUAUUAGUGCCAAGAAUGAAUCACAGUAUUACUGUACAUACAUAUUAAAAGGAAACUUUGCUGAUUUCAGCAUGCUCUGUAUCAUCAGUGUAUGCAGAUAAAUGGCGUCCCUUCCGCUAUGCCACUGUGUUGACAAAGAGCUGGUUGAAAAUCGGUUAAGUUUCUCUUUAAGAUCAAUAAUACAGUACCAGAUUGCUUUCAAGUUUUUUUUUUUUACUUUUACUCAAGUCUUUCAUUAUGUCAAAUAUUUCACAUUGGUCAUUUGUUAUGUAUAUACUUUUGAGAGGAUCUGUUUAAUAACUUUUAAUGUAAUGUUUUUAUGGGACUGCACUUAAACCUGCUUAUUUAUAUGUAAAAAUGUUAAUAGAUUGGAUUUGUAAAGGUAAUGACAAUUCCCCAUCUAUUUUUCUUAAAGAAAAGCGAUUAAAUUUGUUUGAAUAAACAAAUGCAACUAAAAGUCUGUUU